ACUUAUCCUAAUAAGAAAGGAAAUAGAAAAUUGGUUAGUUAAGAAAUUGACAGAUCUUGUGUUAUGAUAAGAAAAUUAGAUCCAAUCGAAGAAGAAAAACGAUACGAGGAGGAGGAUGUUGCGAUUGAAAGCAUUCAAGCCCACGAAUGAUAAGAUAGUAAAGAUCCAAUUACAUCCAACACAUCCAUGGCUAGUUACCUCUGAUGCGUCAGAUCAUGUUUCUGUUUGGAAUUGGGAACACCGUCAGGUUAUUUAUGAAUUAAAAGCCGGGGGUGUCGAUCAACGCCGUUUGGUGGGAGCUAAGCUCGAAAAGCUUGCCGAAGGCACCGAUUCAGAUAUCAAAGGGAAACCAACAGAAGCCCUGCGUGGGGGGAGUGUACGGCAGGUUAGCUUUUAUGAUGAUGAUGUGCGGUUUUGGCAACUUUGGCGUAACCGCGCUGCUGCUGCUGAACCACCAUCAGCAGUCAAUCAAUUGACUUCAGCCUUCAAUUCUCCUGCUCCAUCAACAAAAGGAAGGCAUUUUCUUGUCAUCUGUUGUGAAAACAAGGCCAUCUUCUUGGACUUGGUGACAAUGCGCGGUCGUGAUGUGCCAAAGCAAGAUCUGGACAACCGAUCACUUAUCUGCAUGGAGUUCCUCUCCAAGUCAGUUGGUGGGGAGGGCCCUCUUGUUGCUUUUGGUUCAUCAGAUGGUGUGAUUAGAGUUCUUUCAAUGAUAACAUGGAAGCUUGUUAGAAGGUACACAGGGGGUCACAAAGGGGCGAUAUCUUGCUUGAUGACCUUCAUGGCUUCUUCAGGAGAGGCUUUACUAGUCUCUGGAGGUAGUGAUGGUUUACUUGUACUUUGGAGCGCUGACCAUAGUCAAGAUUCCCCAGAGCUCGUGCCUAAGCUCAGUUUCAAGGCACAUGAUGGUGGUGUUGUGGCGGUUGAAUUAUCUAGAGUCAGUGGAAGUGCACCUCAACUCAUAACAAUAGGUGCUGAUAAGACUCUAGCCAUCUGGGAUACAAUGUCAUUCAAGGAAUUACGGCGUAUCAAGCCUGUCCCUAAAAUGGCUUGUCACAGUGUGGCAUCUUGGUGCCAUCCCCGAGCACCCAACCUUGAUAUAUUAACUUGUGUGAAAGAUUCAUAUAUAUGGGCUAUUGAGCAUCCCACUUAUUCGGCUCUAACAAGGCCAUUAUGUGAACUUUCUUCUCUUGUUCCUCCACAAGUUCUCGCACCUCACAAAAAGCUUAGGGUGUAUUCGAUGGUUACACAUCCCUUACAACCACAUAUUGUUGCAACCGGAACAAACAUAGGCAUCAUACUCAGUGAAUUUGAUCCCAGGUCUCUUCCUGCUGUUACUCCUCUUCCAUCAAUACCGGAAAGCCGUGAACAUGCAGCUGUAUAUGUAGUAGAACGGGAACUGAAACUGAUACAAUUUCAAUUGAACAACACAGCAAAUCCAUCUCUUGGAAGUAAUGGGUCCUUGACUGAAACAGGAAGAUUAAGGGGGGACACUUCUGAACAAAUCAGUGUUAAACAGAUCAAGAAGCAUAUUAGCACUCCUGUUCCGCAUGAUUCAUAUUCCGUUCUUUCCGUCAGCAGUUCAGGAAAGUAUGUUGCAAUUGUAUGGCCUGAUAUUCCAUACUUCUCAAUCUACAAGGUCAGUGAUUGGUCAAUUGUUGAUUCAGGCACUGCAAGACUUCUGGCUUGGGAUUCUUGUCGAGACAGAUUUGCAAUUUUGGAAUCUGCAGCACCUCAUAGGAUGCCAAUACUACCUAAAGGCAGCUCAUCAAAAAAGGCCAAGGAGGCUGCUGCUAUUGCUGCGGCACAAGCAGCUGCAGCAGCUGCUUCUGCUGCAAGUGUUCAAGUUCGCAUCUUACUGGAUGAUGGGACAUCCAACAUAUUAAUGAGGUCAAUUGGUCAACGCAGUGAACCAGUAGUUGGAUUACAUGGAGGGACAUUACUUGGUAUUGCCUACCGAACUUCAAGAAGGGUUAGCCCUGUUGCUGCCACAUCUAUUUCAUCAAUCCAGUCGAUGCCUUUAUCAGGGUUUGGAAGUAGUGCCCUUUCUUCAUUCAGCACCAUGGAUGAUGGCUAUUCUUCUCAAAGGAGUUCUGCUGAGGCACCAUCUCAGAACUUUCAAUUAUACAGUUGGGAAAGCUUUCAACCUGUGGGUGGAAUGCUGCCUCAGCCAGAGUGGACAGCUUGGGAUCAAACUGUUGAGUAUUGUGCCUUUGCAUAUCCAAAAUACAUUGCCAUAUCUUCCUUGAGACCUCAAUAUAGAUACUUGGGAGAUGUGGCCAUUCCUCAUGCUACUGGUGCAGUUUGGCAUCGAAGGCAGCUGUUUGUGGCCACACCAACAACAAUUGAGUGUGUUUUUGUGGAUGCUGGUGUUGCACCAAUUGAUAUUGAAACAAAACGGAGAAAAGAAGAGAUGAAACAGGAGGAGGCUAGAGCAAGAGCAGUGGCGGAGCAUGGCGAGCUAGCUCUAAUUGCAGUUGAUGCUCAAAAAACUGCAGCACAGGAGAGGAUAUCACUUAGGCCACCAAUGUUACAGGUUGUGCGGUUAGCAUCUUUCCAGCAUCCACCAUCUAUUCCUCCUUUCUUGACAUUGCCUAAAAACACAAGGGUUGAUGCUGAUGACGGGCUGCAAAAGUUUGCUGAGGGUAAAAGAGUUGAUGAGAUAGCUGUUGGUGGUGGAGGGGUGAUGGUUGCAGUCACUCGUUUUCCGACCGAGCAGAAGCGACCUAUUGGACCUCUAGUUCUUGUUGGCGUGAGAGAUGGUGUUUUAUGGCUAAUUGAUAGGUACAUGUUUGCUCAUGCAAUAUCUCUUAGCCAUCCUGGAAUUCGUUGCCGUUGUCUUGCUGCCUAUGGGGAUGCUAUUAGUGCAGUUAAAUGGGCAAGUCGGCUUGGUAGAGAGCACCAUGAUGAUUUAGCACAGUUUUUGCUUGGAAUGGGUUAUGCUACCGAAGCCCUUCAUUUACCUGGAUUAUCUAAGAGGUUGGAGUUUGACUUGGCAAUGAAAAGCAACGAUCUAAAAAGAGCUCUCCAGUGUCUACUGACUAUGAGCAACAGCCGAAAUAUAGGACAGGACACCGUUGGACUCAACUUAAAUGACAUAAUGUCACUAAGUACAACUGCAAAUACUAAAAAGGAAGACAUUGUGGAUGCUGUUGAUGGAGUCGUAAAAUUUGCCCAAGAGUUUUUGGAAAUUAUUGAUGCUGCAGAUGCUACUGGACAAGCUGAGGUUGCUCGGGAAGCUCUUAAGCGGCUAGCAGCUGCUGGUGCAGUCAAGGGAGCUUUACAUGGUCAUGAAUUACGAGGACUAGCUUUACGCCUUGCAAAUCAUGGAGAAUUAACACGACUCAGUGGAUUGGUGAAUAAUUUAAUAUCAGUGGGGUUUGGACGGGAAGCUGCAUUUGCAGCUGCAGUUUUGGGUGACAAUGCACUCAUGGAGAAAUCAUGGCAGGAUACCGGAAUGCUAGCAGAAGCUGUGCUUCAUGCCCAUGCACAUGGUAGAAUCACAAUAAGAACUUUAGUUCAGGCGUGGAACAAAAUACUACAAAAAGAGAUGGAACAUGGCCCUUCAACAAAAACUGAUGCUGCAAGCGCUUUUUUGGCUUCUCUCGAGGAGCCUAAACUUACAAGUCUUGCAGAUGCUGCCAAAAAACCACCAAUUGAAAUCUUGCCACCUGGAAUGCCAUCCAUAGAUGCUCCUCUUCCUGGAAUUCAGAAGAAAACCAUACCAGCUGUUCAAGGCACUCUGCAGCAACCACCCAAACCCUUGCAAAUAGAAGGGCCCCCUUCGGAAUCAGAUGCUCCACCACCACCUACCACCGAGUCUGGUGAUGUGCUGCCUACUGAUGGCACAGGUGCUCCACCACCAACAGAAUCUGAAUCUGGGCUUCCACCGCCUACAACAGAAUCUGGGGUUCCACCACCUACAGUUGAAUCUGGGGUUCCUGUUCAAUCUAGUGCAAAAUCUGAGAUGCCGGCUGCACCUAGUGUGGAAUCUGAGAUGCCGGCUUCACCUGGUGCAGAAUCUGGUUCUCCACUAACAGGAUCUGUAGAGGAUUUGGGGGCUCAACCUGCCCCAGAUCCAAAACCUACAACAAUAGAUUCAGCAUCAGGAUCUGGUGAUCCUACAACAGAAUCAGGUGCCAAGGUUUCAGUUGAGCCUGAACAUAUUGACUCUAGUGUAGCUUUGGAAAAUCAAACUCCGAGUCCAUCAAUUAAUCUUGCUGAUCCAGUGGUAGUUGUAAAAGAGGCCACUGUAUUUUCUUCAAGUAGUACACCACCUCCAACACAGGCGAUACGUACUCAGAAACCUGAAGUUCCAAGGCCAAGUGGUGUGCGUGAGGAACUACCAAUGAGUGAUUGGACUUGAUCUGUUGUUUGUUCUGUCUACAUUAUAUAAAUUAAUUGAUAUUUUGUUUUCCUUAUAUUGAGAGUUGUUGAUUUUUUCC